UGCCUUGAUAGGUUCAACGCGGACCCAUGGCAUGCGAAUUUGACGGGUUUUCACUUUAAGCCCAACGGCAAACCCAACCCGUCUAUAGGCCCAAUCUUCCCACUAGAACUUAGGUCCGAGACACACCCCACCACCCCCCGCCCCCCCGCUCUUCCUUCCUACUGCCCCAAAACCCCUAGCAAAGAAAAACCCUAAACCUUCUCCCUAGACUGCUGCGAGAGCGCGAUGCGGCCGCUGGACGAGAAGGAGACGGCGGCGGUGUUCGAGAAGCUCUUCAAAUUCACUGGUCCCAAUCUCAAACACAUCGUGGAUCGCCCCGCCGUGGAAGGCCCCGACGACCCCCCGGGCCGCUACUGCUUCCGUCUCCACAAGAAUCGCGUGUACUACGCCAGCGAAUCCCUCGUCCGCCGCUCCACCAACGUCUCCCGCGGCCGCCUCGCCGGCGUAGGCACCUGCAUCGGCAAGUUCACCCACCAUGGCGCCUUCCGCCUCACCGUCCAAGCCCUCGAUCUCCUCGCCGCCCACGCCCGUCACAAGGUCUGGCUCAAGCCCACUGCUGAGAUGUCCUUCCUCUACGGCAAUUCCGUCGUCAAGUCCGGACUCGGCCGCAUCACCGAUAGCGUAAAGUCCGGCGACGGCGUCGUCAUCUUCUCCAUGACCGACGUCCCGCUCGGGUUCGGCGUUGCCGCCCGGUCCACUCAGGACUGCCGCAAGGCACAUGCAGAUGCUAUUGUUGUCAACCACCAGGCCGAUGCCGGGGAAUAUCUCCGCAAUGAGGCUGAACUAUGAUCGAUUGAUGGAGCUUGUUUCGUUCCCAAAGAUAAUGCUGGCACCGGGUGACAAAGAUCACGGCCCUGUUACACCUAUCUUGCAGUUGUACAAUGGCGUAGUUUUAGAACUAUCUCAUUUUCCCAGCAAGAUAUGCCUUUUUGUUAGAACUAUCACAGGAGGAAGUUUUAGACAUGAAAAAAAAUAGAUUAUGCGUCCAAUAUCUGUUUGACGAUCUGUUUUACCCUUUUACCUCGUUUCCAUUCCUGUACUGCAACAAUUAACUAAAUGUUUUUGAACUCAUGGUGCUACCAAAUGGAUGGUGGUCUAUAAUCUUUAAAAGUACUCCAGAAAAGUAUCUCGCUUCUUGAGCAAU